UUAUGGGCAGCGCAGCCUGACGGUACCGGAAGCUUGUUUAGAUAAACAACCGGACCAAGAUGGCGGAGCUGAACCGGCAGCUUCAGGAAUAUUUGUCUCAGUCCAAAAGCGGCGGAACCAAGACCGUGUCUCCGUCCAGCUCCAGCACCGCGGUGGACCUGGGAGAACCGGAGCCGGUGACAGGGAGCUGGUUCGGUCGAUGGUCCAGUCCGUGGUCCGGCCAGAGCUCCUCCGGCGGAAACAGCGGCUUCUCUUGGCCGUGGUCGGCCGAACCGGACCCGUGCCUUCCGGGGCUGAGUCGGCGGCAGCGGCUGGUUCUGUUCGGGGUGUUCGGCUCGUUCUCGGGCCUGUGUUUCGGACUGUCGGCCCUGUACGCGCCGCUGCUGCUGCUCUACGCCCGGAAGUUCGCGCUGCUCUGGUCCCUCGGCUCCAUGUUCGCCCUGGCGGCGGCGGCGGUGCUGCGGGGACCCAGCAGGCUGCUGUCCGGCCUGCCCACCUCCCCCGCGGCCGCCGUCUACCUGUGCGCCCUGCUGGGGACUCUGUACGCGGCUCUGAGCCUCCGGAGCACCGUGCUGACCGCGCUGGGAGCCGGGCUGCAGGUCGCGGUCAUCCUGGGCUCCGUGGUGGCCCUGCUGCCCGGGGGCAGCGCCGGGAUCCGGCUCCUGGGGGCCAUGCUGGCCUCCGCCCUCAGGAGGACCGUCUCUGGGAAGACCCUGCCCAUCUGAGGUCGGGGGUCUGACAGGACCGGGUUCAGGGUUCUCCUCUCGGUCCGGUCCGGUCCGGUCCGGUCCGGUCCAGGAGUCCUGCUGGUCUCUGUGGACUGUGGUGAAACUAAACCCAGAGCGCUGACUGACAGGAUCAAUGAGGACCAGAGACAGUUCUGACCCCAGUGGGCUGGGGUCCAGUUUGGUCUGAUGGUUCUGAAACUAACGGGUUCAGUUUUUAGUCUGGAUCAGAACCGUUUGUAAAGUUCUGGGUUCUUGUUUGUAACAGGUCUUCAUGAGGAAAUAAACCCAUCUGAUUUCA